AUGCGUCGCAAAAGAAUCUCCACGAGCUGCGCGAACUGUCGCGCCGUGAAACGGCGGUGCGAUAAGCAGCAUCCCUAUUGCGGGCAAUGUGUUCGUUUAGGCCAAGACUGUCCUGGAUACCGUGAUGAAUGGGACCUCAUUUUUCGGGACGAAACCAACCACACAAUAAGGCGGGCCAACAAUAAAAACCCUGUCGUGGAACAGGCCAGCCACAGCCCCCGGCGACUAGCAUUUCCGCAGACUUCGAAAUUUCUCCGGGACGUCACCCCCGGGUCGAUGAUGAGCAGUCAAAUCUUUGCUUCAUAUCUCGAACAGUACUUCCCACGCACAUUCGCGCCCUCUGCGUUUGAUCUUGAUUCGUCAUAUUCCAUCAUCUCGGGCAUCUAUAUGCUACCUCAGAAGACGUUGAUGCUCGAAAAGGCUUUAUCCGCACUUGCAUGCUCUUUCCUUGGCAAGGUCCAUCGUGAUCACACACUCUUGCGAUAUGGCCUUCGGGUUUAUAACCAGGCAAUCCAAGAUAUGUCAAAAGCACUUGGACGGAAGACUUUGAGCAAUGACAUUGUUUAUACGUGUGCGCUCUUUGAGAAGAUCGAGGUCAGGCGUAUUUCCUCUCCACUGCAUGCAAAAGCUCACAGAAAGCUAGAUCCACUAUUGUCCCGACUCGCUUAUCCAAUGGAGGCCGGCUCUCCUAUCAUGGAUGCAAUCUAUAAUCACCAAAAGCUCCAAUUGUUACUCUCACGAUAUCAGCAUCUAUCCAAGCCAAUAGUGACAUGGCUAAGAGAACCUGGCCAAGGCUUACUAUAUGAUUUAAUCCAGAUUAUUACGGAUACGUCAUGUAUUGCUGCUAUGGCCGAUAGUGCUGACGUUCCUGAUCCCCAGACCUCUCAAUCCCUGCUGGAUGAUUGCUUGGCACUUGAGAAGCGGCACCUAGACUUUUAUAACAAACUUCAGUUUGCCAGUGGAUACUCUCCUCAUGAUGACCCUCCUCAAUUUGGCCGUGGUGAAAUAAAAUCAGGAAUACCGCCCACAUGCACUUUGUUCGGUGCUGCCUACAAACUCUCCUCGCCUGGUCAAGCCAACUUCUAUAUUCUUCUGUGGUGCUCCUUCUCUUGCCUUUAUCCACUAUUUCACCGAUUGCAAGUUCUCGCCCAUGCCGACACGCCUGCCUGUUUACAAGACCCAGCAGAAGGCCGUUCCUCCCUAGACAUGGCACUUCACCUUGCCGCAUUCCAUAUCGGCAAAGCAAUGAGAUGCCUUCCAUACUGCACUCAAGAGGGCAUGAAUUCAUCGGGUAUGUUCUACGCUAUCUACGCCGCAAACCAGGCCUCACGAGCAUUCAGUCAUACGAGGGACUGGGAACGGUUUCUUUGGGCCCAAAGGGCUACGCAUUAUUGUGUGCUUUCGGGCUUCGAUCUUGCUGCUCGGUUGCGUGAGGUAUGGUGGAAUUAUUGGUUCGAGCCCAGCAGCCACAACUUCUACCGAGUUCCAUAUCACCGAGGGAUUUUGGAGCCAAGGCCUCUGUCCCACGACCCUCUCUAUCGAGAAGAGGUGGAAAGCAAGGUGGAAGCCAAGGGGUUUGACACGGCCUCCACAUAA